AUGGCCUCGUCAGUGCAGAAAGAGCCUCUUGUCAAGGGAGGUCAUAGACGAUUCCCAGACAAGCUGCCUUCAACAUUCACGUCCUCGACAAUGCCCUGUAUCUAUGAAAACACCAUCAUCCUCGCCGCUACCCACCCAUCCAUCACCAGCGCAAACCAAACCAAAGACGGAUGGUUCAUCUCAGAUUUCUACGCAUUUAACUAUCUCCUGAAAGGCCAGGGUCAGGAACAGAAGUGGCUCACAGCAGCCGACCCAGAGAAGCUGGUGCAGAAAUAUGGACCCUACUUACAUGGUAACCCAUACGAGGAGCGCAAAACCUGCCUGGAUCGUGAAAUGCUUGACCGGAACCAACUGACCCCUGUUACUGUGGUUCAUUCAAGUGAAAUGAUCAGAGAAUUCCUUGACGAGGCGAAGCGGGCAUCGGAGUUGGCUAAAAGGACCCAGGCGCCACUCCUCCUUCUGGUCUUCUGCCACGGACUCCCGAAUCACCACCUCUGCCUAGAUGAUGGUAAUAAGUCAAAGGGUCUGAGUAUCGUUCGUUUGAAAGCCUUCCUUGAGCCAGGUGCCCGUAUUACCCUGGUUACCACCGCUUGCUACUCUGGAGGGUGGGCCACUACCCCCGAGCUAAAUACUACUACUAUGGCGGCUGCCGGUGUCAAGGAUGAUCCAUAUGAAGGCCAAUCUGAUGCCUGGGGUCCAUCACAAAGUAUCGGCCGCGCCUGUGGUUCGAUAUUCGCGAGUACUAUAUUCCAAACGCUAUCUAGCGUUACAAGUCCCAUGCUAGAUACUCGCCAGUCUAGCCAAUCGAGUCACCAAGAGUCCCUCCAGCCAGAUCAGCCGACUGGUCAGCAAACGCUUACCUAUAAUUCAUUCUGCCAGUCAGUGUUGGAUACAUGCCAAAACAAGGUUACACGAUUGAGCGAAUACCAGCACUUCACGUUCAGUGCUCAGGAUGAUGCGUGGGAUUUCUCGUGGACAGGAAGGACUGGAAUACCUCUAUCUUACUUUGAAGACCGGUGGAAAGCACUGAAAUCCCACCCUUAUACAGGACCAGAGGAUAUGCGUGCACUUAGGAACACAGACCCUCAAAACCCCAUAUUCGCUAUAAGGGACCCAAACCAAACAGGUGGGGGUCAAAGUGGAGAGGAUCAGAACAUCAUUGAGACUAUGACCGCUCAUAUCGCUCGUGGGAGAACUAAAGAAAUGGCCAGGAUAUUUCAUAGCACCUGUCCAGGGGACUGGACUAAAGGAGAUCAGGUGGCCUUGAGUUGUACUCUUUUCUGUUUCUAUCAGCUGGACCAGCAACCUGAGUGCGCGGGUAUGAUUCAGUCGGUUAUUCGUUUCCGGUGGGAGGCGGCACUCCUCGCAGACUUGAUUGUUGAGAUGUUUGUACUUCCAGUCCCAAGGCAGGAGAUCUGUAUCAUGUGGGAUUGGCAUUUUUGGUUGAAUGAAUAUCAGCAAAAGACCUCCACUUCGAGGUCUGAAGUCAUGGAACGCUGGUCAACCAUAUCCAUGGCACUCGAAGAUUCUUUCAACUUUCCCUGCCUGGAGCAACAGGGCCCGCGCUUCCGCCGGCCAAUGUACUACGUGAUAGCAGCUUUGAUAGAGGCUGAGAAGCCCGAGGAUGAGACUACCGCUAUCAUUGAUGCUAUCAGAGAGCUCCUGAAAGACGCCCAGGCCUUCCAGAAUCAUCGCGUUUAUGAAAACACAGAGGUCCAGCGCACAGGACGCGAAUGGCUGAAGUCUAUAGGUCGACGAGCGCGCAAGUCUCUUUCUCCACGUAGAAGGGCGAGCACGACAGAAUCUGUGUCUUGCUGA